AUGACUCCAAGACGUCGCCGAUUCGAGUUCUCCUUCCGCAAGAGACAUAGCGGUCCCUCUACGUCCUCUUCGAGUAUCUCCCCAACAGUUCCUGUGCUCCAAUCGCCCAUGGCAUUCCAAGCACUCGGUGCGAGGACCAUCUCCGAGGCGACAUUGAAGCAGAAGAAUAAACUGGAUAGGGCACCUGUGAGGCCGUCCAUGUUUCUCGAGGAGAAGGACGACGAUGAGCAUGCGAUGUACCCCAUCAAGCCAGGUGUGCCUGCUGAUGUGAAGCCUACUCAUCUCGAACGCAAGAGUAUUGAGGGAGAGUCUGUGUUGCGUCCCAAAAGUCAAUACUUCGAGGAGAUGUUCAAUAUCAGGGGUCUGGUGACCUCCCCGAGAACUCAGAUUACUCACGAAGCUGUGACCGUCGUUGAGGUCAAGAUCAAUACCCGGAUUCUUGAAAAGCCCGAGGUCUUCAUUAUGACCACGAUUCAGCAAGGUGCUUGUGUUUACUUUGGGAACUCAAAUACGCCGGCGUACCUGAUGAAGGUAUUCGCAUUGCCGUUUCUCAUAGCGCCUAUAAUGAAUCUCCGAAGUACCAUCCUGAUUCAGAUGGAGCUCCAGAAGAUUCUAAACAUAGCGCCGAACCGCGGAGUCAUCUUAUACAUUCCGAUGCCGGAAGAGAACCUUGCAACCAACGGAGUGACUGUGAUGGGCCAAUUGGCAAAUCUGGAGCGUGGCACGGGGAUUUUUCGAACUAUUUCUCGGACUGUGAGCCGAAAGUUGAAAUCCGGUAGCACACAGAGUGCUCCAAUCUCUGUGGCGACAACAUCCUCGUGGAAUUUCAGUGAUAAGAAGUCGCCAGCAUCCAUGGCCGAGGAUCAGUCUCACGGAAGCGAGGCUUCUAAGGAGGGGAAGAAACUUAACUCUCUUUCUUCGGCAGUCCGAGGUGAGAAUGCAGGUCAACCUGAGCCGGUGGAUAACGGUAAUGACCAGCAAAUGGAGCCGGAAUAUGGCCAAGGACGUAUCCUGGAGAUAGAAGGCAAUCUAUUCGAUGCCCCCGAUGGAGCGGCACUGAUCCACGCUUGCAACUGUCAAGGCCAUUGGGGCAAGGGGAUUGCUAGAAAGUUCCGAGACAAAUAUCCCAAUGCUUAUAUCGCCUACCGUACCCACUGUCUAGACUACAAUACGCUCAACACAGAAGUGGUCGUCACAGGCGAGACAGGUCCGCGCCGACUCCGCUUGCCCGAAGGCACUGCGCUCAUCAUCCCACCCCAGCACGGCGACUACGAGCCCAGCGGCGGGCAUCAGCACUGGAUCAUCUGCCUCUUCACGUCCUUCAACCAUGGAAGAGCACUCUCGCCAGUCGACUUUCUGCUCGGAAACACCGAACUUGCGGUCGCAGAUCUGAAGAAACAGCUCGAUGAACUCCGUGACGAGGGGAUCAAUUUGGGGCGGCUCUGGUCGUGUCAGUUCAACUCGGGAUUGUUCGAAGUGGAUUGGGCUCAUUCGAGAGAUAUUCUGGUGAGAUCCGGGCUGGAGGUCACUGUUGUCAGACAGCCUCAGCCGUGA